UUCUAAACGUAGCUUAGAGUUCGCCAUAAGCUUGGUGCGAAUGGCAGAGGGGCUCGGUGUACAAAUUUCGCCCGAAGUGCAAGCCGCACUCCGCGAGGGACGCCCAGUAGUGGCGCUAGAAAGCACGAUCAUUAGCCAUGGCAUGCCUUGGCCCGAUAACCUCAAGACGGCCCUUGAGGUGGAGGCCGUGGUCCGGGAAUCCGGGGCCGUGCCCGCCACGAUAGCUAUUAUCGCCGGCGUCCCACACAUCGGGAUGGAGCGCCAACAGCUGGAGCACAUCGCAAAGCGCGGUCUCGCGGUGCAGAAGGUCUCGCGCCGCGACCUGCCCGUCGUCCUCGCCAAGCGCCUCGAUGGCGCCACCACCGUCUCCGCCACAGCCGCGCUGGCCGCGCUGGCGGGGAUACACGUCUUCGUGACGGGCGGCAUCGGCGGCGUGCACCGCGGCGGCGAGGUGACCAUGGACGUGUCCGCCGACCUGGUAGAGCUAGGGCGCACGCCCAUCGCGGUCGUGUGCGCCGGCGCCAAAUCCAUCUUGGACAUCCCGCGCACGCUCGAGGUGCUGGAGACGUGGGGCGUGGCGGUGGCGGCGUACGGCACGGACGAGUUCCCCGCCUUCUUCACGCCGCGGAGCGGCUGCCGGGCGCCGGCACGAGUGGACACAGCCGCCGAGGCUGCCUCCAUGUUGGGCUGUGUGCGGCGGCUGGGCCUGGGCAGUGGCAUGCUGCUGGCAGUGCCCAUACCCGCGGCGGCGGCGGCGGAGGGCGAGGUGGUGGAGGCCGCCACCCGCGCCGCGCUGGCGGAGGCGGAGGCGCGCGGGGUCAAGGGCAACGAGGUGACGCCCUUCCUGCUGGAGCGGGUGCGGUCGCUGACGGGCGGCCGCUCGCUGGCAGCAAACAUCCUGCUGGUCAAGAACAACGCACGCGUGGGGGCGGCGGUGGCGGCGGCUUACGCCGAGCAGCAGCAGCAGCAGGGGGAGAGGGGGGCGGUGCCCGCGGGGCUGAGGAGCAAGCUAUGAAGAGGAGGAGAGGAGGGGAAAGGCGGUGUGAGUAGCCUUGGCUGCGAGGGAUUUGUGGCGUGCGUGGCGAGUCCAGUGCAUGGGAAUUCAGCAUGCACCCAAUCAAUGUAAUGCUGUUUCCUGUUUUGUUCAAAGAGGUUACAUAACUGCUGUGUUAGGCAGAAGCUCUCAACGGGUCAACUCGGCCGGCAUUUAGGUCGCGACCUGUGAAAUACCAGCCGUCGCUCGAAUUCGCUUUCAUGUACCGCACUUAAAUCUAGUAGAUGUCAUUUGAGCCUGAAUUUGAGCCUGAAUAGCCAAAUGGCUGCAUAGUCGGCGUGUCUGGGGGGACAACUGGAACGUCGGCACGCA